AAAGGUCUACUCCACGCAUGUCCCAGUUCGCCAUUGUCCGCCCGCCCAGAGCCGUUUAAAUACCGCGACGCAGCACUCCCGCUGCAUACAGUGUUCGACUCCCGGACGAGAUACGUCAUUUUGUUGUUCAAGCUGUCAACUUUAUCCGCCAUGUCGUCUGUCUGCCGCGUUUCGUUAAUGCUCUUAAUCGCAUUAUGCGCAUUGGAUUGCUGUCUUUCAGCCACAAUCCCCAGGUCUUACGACCCUCGUCUCAGCGAUGAUGUUAUCCUGACAGCGAAGAAGAGACCCUUUUGCAACGCUUUCACUGGCUGUGGACGCAAGCGCUCUCAGACCAUCCCCGGAAUGCCAUUCCAGGAGCUGUACAGACAACGCCAGUUCAGGGACGAAGAGACUAACGCACCUGUCAUGGACUCCGACGCGAAUGCCAUCGACGAAAUAUCCCACCAAAUAUUAAACGAGGCGAGGCUGUUCGAAGCAAUUCAAGAAGCCAGCGCCGAAAUCGCGAGGCGGAAACAAAAGGAACUAUUCAAUUAAAACAUCAAAAACAACGAAAUGGCCGAAUUAAAAAAAAACGAUGAGUGUGUUUAAUGAAAAGGAAAUCUGUACGGAUAAGCCAUACUGACUUAUAUUUUGUAUAUUAAGGCAUAUAAUAAUCGAGCAAACUAUGUUAAUUACCUUAGCGUUUAAUGACAUUUUAAGGCGCCAUUUUGAAAUAUUUUCAGCGCGAAAAUGUUUAAGGAAAAAUAUGCGCUAUCUCAUUUAAUAUUAUAAAUAUAUUAUAUUUUUAGCCUAGGAGGUGACAUAAUUAAUUCUUGUAUAUAUUUUUAAUUAAUAAAAUUUGGUUACCUAAUUAAUUAAUUUCGAAAACAAUAGUGUAUUUGCUAUUUCUAACUUUGAUUAUUAUUUAACCUCCUUCCUUAUAAGUGUUGUUUAGAGGAAAAUAAGUUUAACAACGCUGUGUCUUUUUCAUUCGAAUUUCAAAUUAAUAAUGACAGAAAGAGAUAAAUCAGUGUUUAAUUGAACAGCCGCUAAGCAACGUUAAGAAGUAAGGCCGAAAAUUUUUAAUGCAUUAAGUUUUUACUCCCAUAGUUUAAGAGCUAUAUUUGUUAAUAAUUGUUGUUAUUUUAAGAAAUAUUGAUGUUUGGAUCGAGGAAAUAAACCAAU